AACGCGGCGCUCCGCAGGGAAGUAAAAAUUAUUGUUAAUUCACUCGUCGUGCAACCCUGGACACUCCGGCUUGGACCCGUGGUCCUCGUAGGAGUGGUGCUUCGACGCCCGUCCCGUGUCCGGCGCGAAGCCGUAAUGGAUGAGCUGCCGCGAGAAGUUGAGACCCGGCGCGGGGCAUCUCGCAGCGAAGAAGCACGGGCAGGGGUCGCCCCUCGCCGAGAACGGCGACGCCAUCGGGGACGUCGCGGGACACGCCAUCGCCGCGCGCACGGAGUCGUCGGAAGCAGCGGCGCGCUGCGCGGCGAUCCCAUACCGCGUGCUCGAGUACGCCCAGGACUUCGCGAUGGCGCUGAAGCCCGCCGACUUCGCGAGCCUACCCGCGCUCGUCAACGCGCUCCGCGUCACGAUCAAGUACAAGACGCCGGUCGAUUAACGCGGAACAAAGGAAAACUACCGAAGCGAAAUGAAAUGCGGGGACACGAAUUCUCGGCAGGAGUUCAUUCACGAGUUCCCGGUCACGUUCCAGCUCACGACGAAAGGCGUCCUCGCGCGGGAGCAGGCGCGUCGAAAGUCGCGCCGGUUCAACAACUACGACAACUUCGGGCCCGACGGCCCGGACUACUAGACUCGCUCGCUACCCCCGCACUAAUACAUGCACAAGUCUUACAAGCAACAAUACACAAAAGC